CUGGGGUCAAGAUUAGGUGGCCGUCCAGAGACAUGGGAGGGGCCUGGGACCCUUCCUUUUCAUCGCAGCCUGUCAGGAAGAAUGGCCACCAGACGUGCUCGUCCCGAAGAUGACCUUUCAUGUCCAAUUUGUGGGCAUAUUCUCACUCAACCAGUGGCACUCACUUGCAAACACAGAUUCUGUAAAGCCUGUCUGAACGACAGCUGGAAGUCACAGGGCAGUGGGGAUUCACGCUAUUGUCCUCUGUGCUGGCGCCGCUCCUCCAUGGAUCAGGUAGCGGUGAGCACUGUUCUGGAGAAGGCCUGCGAGUCAUUCAAAGAGGACAGAAGACGCAAUGACCCACAGGUUUGCAAGGAACAUGGAGAAAAGCUCACGGUCUUCUGCCUGGAGGACCUGGAGCCCAUCUGUAGCGUGUGUGGAAAGGAAGCAACACACACGGGCCACAGGCUGUAUCCCAUCGGGGAAGGUGCUCACGACUGUAAGGAGGAACUGAAAAGUGCACUGGUGCCCCUAAAAGAGAAGUUACAGCUGUACAAGAAGGCAAAGACGGUUUGUGAGGAAAUGGCAGAACAUGUCAAGAACCAAGCUGAACAUACUGAAUCACAGAUAAAAGAAGAAUUCGAAGUGCUUCACAAUUACCUCAAAGAGCAGGAGGCUGCCAGGCUUUCAGCAUUAAAGGCCGACGAGGAUCAGAAGAACCUUAUGAUUAACCAGACAAUGUCAGAACUGAAUGAUGAAAUGACUUCUCUUUCCAAUACUAUCAGACUAAUCGAACAAGAAAUGAACUCUCAAGAUAUCCACUUUCUACAGAAUUACAAGGAAACAAUAAGAAGAACCUGGAGAAGUUCCCCUGAGCCACAAACAAUUCCCGAUGCUCUGAUUGAUGUGGCUAAGCACUUGGGAUCUCUGAAAUAUAAAGUGUGGGACAAGAUGAAGAGUAUCAUUAAAUAUAAUCCUGUUAUUCUGGAUCCCAACACAGCAGCUAGCUGUUUCAUCCUGUCGGAGGAUCUCACAGUUGUGCGGAACUCUACGCAAAUAUUUAAGGUGCCAGACAACCCGGAGCGCUUCGACAUCGGCGCAGAGAUGCUGGCUGCAGAGGGCUAUUCCUGUGGACGCCACAGCUGGGACAUAGAGGUUAAAGACAAUACCUACUGGGUGGUGGGGAUAGCCAAGGAGUCAAUCAACAGAAAGGGGAAGCACGUGCUGACACCAGCAGAAGGAUUCUGGACUAUUCGGUUUCGCAAUGGCGAGCACAAGGCCUGCACAGCACCAUGGGAGCCGCUGAACAUGACUAAGAAGCCAGAUGUGAUAAGAAUCGUUUUAGACAUGGAUCGGGGCAAGGUGACCUUUUACGACCCCAGAGAGAGAACGCCCCUCUACACCUUCACCGAUGUCAUCACACCUAGGGCUAUUCCCUACUUUUGCACUGCCUGCAAAGAGCAUCCACUCAAAGUAUUACCGAAAAGGAUAUUCUUGUCAACAGACGAUUAAUCUUUUACACAUAAUCGCAGCAUAAAAAAAUCUGUGACACAAUUCAAGAUCUUUUAAGGUUUGUUUGUCAUAAUUUUGCAUUUAGCAAGAGAUUGUGGAAAUGUAGGGCAAAGUUACACGGCUAGAAUCACAUCCGAGUUAAAAGCUGUUUUAAUGAAUAACAUUUGAGUUACAACAAAUCACAUCUAGUUUGGGAGAUUGGCAACUGUAAAUAACUUCACAAGGUUUAACACCAAUAUAUUAUGACUAUAAGAGCUGUCCCAUAAACUGACAGUCACUGUCUGUGACUCAGCUUUGCAUGACACAAAAUCAGUACUGUGAUUUCCACAUUUUUUUUGAGUUCCUUUUCCGAAAAAAAAAAAAAAAAACAACAUAAAAUGAAUAAA